AUGUCCAAGUCGCUAGAGCUUGAAGAUGGCUUCAAAAAAUCCUGCGCGGACUUCGAUCAGAACGCUCUUGAAUUGAACCACCAAAUCAAAGCAACACAAGAAGAGCUUCAGCAGCAUAAGAAAAAGAACGACGGGCGCAUCGCAGAGUUGGAGGGGAUUCAAGAGCGACUGAAGAAUAUCACAAAGAAGUUACAGGAGACGCGUGCUAAGCACAAGAAUUGUUGUGGUUUGAUUGAUUCCAGCAGUGGAGAUGAAGAGAGAGAUGGAAAUGAACAUGAAGAUGCAGAUAGGGACAAGGAUGGGAAGGUGGAAGGGUCGUGA